UUGAAUCGCCUCCCGCUGUUUAUUUUCCGAAUGUAAACAUUGCACCUCUGCCAAAAACUCGUUUCCAAUUUUCGGCCAGAAUGGAGGGCAAAGACUACGAUUUUGACGGUGAAACGUACUGUUACACGGACAAAGAGUCCGGUGUCCGAUAUCGGUGGAAUCUGGCCGAGAACAAGUGGGACGUCGUGGCUGAGACUGCGGAGAGCACCGAGGGCAGCAGCAAAAGCGCGCCUGCCGGUCCGUCGCUGCCCAAAGGUGGGCCCGAAGGAGACCCGGCGGCCCAGCAGAACUACAGGUACGAGGACGGGGUUGCCAUUUUCACUGACCCCAACGACGGCACCGAGUAUGAAUGGGACAAGGUCAAGAACGCCUGGAUUCCAAGGGUUGAUGAAGAAUUCAUCGCCCGUUACCAGCUCAACUAUGGUUUUACAGAAGAGUCGAAAAGGUCACUAAGUGAGAUUCGCCAGGCAGAAGCUGAAGCUGCAGCUAAGAAGGAAAAGGAAUUACUUGAGUUGAAAGAGCUGAAGGCACAGAAGAGGGCUGCCCUGGCCAAAGAAGAGCCAAAAUGGUUCGAUCAGGACCAGAAAAACAACACCAAAGUUUACGUGUCGGGUUUGCCGCAUGACAUCACUGAGCAGGAAUUUGUCGACUUCAUGCAAAAGUGUGGCAUCAUCACGAAGGACAUCGAGACUGGAAAGCUGAGAAUCAAACUCUACUCGGACAAGGAGGGAAACCUAAAGGGCGACGGGCUUUGCACCUACAUUAAGGUAGAGUCUGUUGACCUCGCUUGCAAACUGCUCGAUGGCUCCGACUUGCGGGGUCACAAGGUCCAGGUGGAACCGGCAAAGUUCCAGUUAAAGGGCGCGUUUAACCCCGAACUCAAGCCCAAGAAGAGGAAGAAGAAGGAAAAGGAAAGGAUGAAGAAGAUGCAGGACAAAUUACUGGCGUGGCGACCUGACAAAUUGCGCGGAGAGCGAGAGCGAAACGAGAGGGUCGUGGUCUUGAAAAACUUGUUCGAGCCGAGCAUUUUCGAUAAGGAAGUGGCGCUGAUCCUGGAGUACCAGGAGGAUCUCAGAGAGGAGUGCAAAAAGUGCGGCGACGUGCGAAAAGUCAUUAUUUACGAUAGGAAUCCCGACGGUGUGGCGCAAAUUUUCUUCAAAGACGCCGAAGAGGCCGACCAGUGUGUGCAGCUUUUAAACAACCGUUGGUUUGGCCAGAGGAAAAUAACCGCUGAAACGUGGGACGGAAAAACAGUUUACAAGGUGGGAGAAACUGAUGCUGAGGUUCAGCAGCGACUUCAGAAUUGGGACAAAUUUUUGGAAUCCUCUGAAGGUGAGAGGACAAGUGAGACUAAAGCUAGUGAAGAGAAACCAGUCGUCCAGACGCAACCAAACACUCAGGAGAGCAAAGUCACCAUUGAAAGUGAUGCUGAGAGUGAUGCAGACACCGAGGGAGAAGAAGAAGAAGAAGCUUAAUUUAAGUUUUUUAUUAGUUUUUAUUAUACUACUUUAAUUUCUCCUCGUAAAAUUUUGUGACUACCUUAUUUUUGAGUAUAAUUCGUAUCACAUGCAAAUAUUGCUCUCGUAACUCCCUUACUUAAGUGACUAAAGCCUUACAUUCUCAAUCAUGCUUAACACGUUUAAAAUUUUCUUCGUAAAUCAUUGCCUUUUCUUUAGCCCUUUGCAACCAAUCAGGGUUUGCAUUUUGAGCAACUUUGAGCCCCAUUCGAGUCAAGUGAUUGAAAAAUUCUUUUGCUCCUGGCAAAUAAAUUACUAUCGUAAGCAUGAUCUUUGAAAUGCAGUACAAAAUUUUGUGACGCCAUGAGAUUACUGCCCACAAAUUAUUCAUCGGUGCAUUUAAUACAAACAUCAAGUACAACAGGAGACUUUCGAAAGUUACUGAUGGCAUGUACAGUCCUGUGCCCCGUCCCAUGCACCUCGACAUGUGCUCCCAGCUUGCGUCGCCAUUUCGCAAAUUCGGCAAAAUACAACUUCUUCUCAAGGCGAGACCCCUUUCUCGAAAUUUUUGCAGACCGUCAAUGCACCAGUUGUACUUGUCCUCGAUGCCAAUCAUGUACCCCAGCACGGCCCACAAGUGAACCAGAGCCUCCAAAUCGGCCUCAGUGUGUGAUCCAAUGCCCAAUUUCUCUGGAUACAUUACAGCCAUUCCAAUAAACCUGAAGUAAUUGUUUAAAAAUAUUGACUGGUUUUUGUAAUUUUUAAACUCACGCAAAUUGGGUGAUUCCAGAGUGCCACUGGUUAAGGGGCAAAGUGCCGACACUGUGCGCUUGUUUGUCCAAUCCUUUCAUUUGAUCCAAAU